GAAGCAAAAGAGAGAGAGAGAGAGAGAAGAGAUAAAAAGACAAACAGAAGAUGGUUUUAAGAAGACAGAGAGAGAGAUGCGGAGAGAUGGUGAGAGGAGCUUCGUUUUUUUUCUAAAGAAUGGCUGCUACUGCUCCUGACUUGUGCCAUUGAUUAUUUUUUUUCUCUCUUUUGUCUCUUUUGACGCGGGGCAUGGAAGAAGAGCUUGCCAUGCUCAGACAGCUCAUCGGACAGCUUCAAGAGCUCUUGCAAAACAGCUCUCCUCCUCCUCCUUCGCCUCCCUCCUCUUCGUCUUCUUCUCCCUCGUUUGUAGUUCUCCACAACCCUCAGCAUCAGAACCGAUGCUGUUUGCCCUUAUUUGACGACACUUCUUCUGAUGUUUCUUGUGAUACUCUAAUGGCUGCUGGAAAGAGGCCCCGGUACUUGAAGAUGUUAGAUACUGCCAAGCGAUCUCGAAAACAAAAGAAUCAAGUAAAAUCCCGCACGGAAGCAGAUGAUGGCAUCAUGGAUCAAGAACUCUGGCAAGAGUUUCCCCAAGAUCUCUUUGAAUCUGUUCUUUCCAGACUACCUAUUCCUACGCUCUUCCAGUUCCGUGCUGUUUGCCGCAAAUGGAACGCUCUCAUCGAUUCAGAUAGCUUCUCCAAAUACUGCACCGACCUUCCUCAGACCAUCCCGUGGUUCUACACCAUAACCCACGAGAAUGUCAACUCGGGACAAGUCUACGACCCUUCUUCCAAAAAAUGGCGACAUCCGGUCAUCCCUGCCCUACCCAAGAAGACCAUUGUCUUGCCAAUGGCUUCUGCGGGAGGUCUAGUAUGCUUCCUCGACAUUGGUCAUCGCAACUUCUACGUGAGCAACCCUCUGACCAAGUCUUUCAGAGAGUUGCCCGCUAGGUCGUUUAAGGUAUGGUCUCGCGUUGUGGUAGGAAUGACUCUUAACGGAAACUCCACAAGUGAUGGGUAUAAGGUCUUGUGGGUUGGGUGCGAAGGAGCGUAUGAAGUCUAUGACUCCUUGAGAAACGUAUGGACCAAACGAGGGACCAUCCCGUCCAACAUUAAGCUCCCAGUACUGCUCAACUUCAAGUCACAGCCUGUGGCUAUUAACAGCACGCUUUACUUCAUGUUAACGGAUCCGGAAGGGAUACUGUCCUACGACAUGGUCUCUGGGAGAUGGAAGCAGUACAUCAUACCGUGUCCGCCGCACCUGAGCGAUCACACGCUAGCCGGGUGCGGAGAGAGGCUGAUGCUGGUGGGUCUUGUGAGUAAAAACGCAGCCACGUGCGUUUGCGUGUGGGAGCUGCAGAAGAUGACGCUGCUGUGGAAGGAGGUUGACAGAAUGCCAAACGUAUGGUGCUUGGAGUUUUACGGAAAGCACGUUAGGAUGAAUUGUUUAGGCAACAAAGGUUGUCUGAUUUUGUUGUCCUUGAGGUCCAGACAGAUGAACCGUCUGAUAACUUACAAUGCUGUUACUAGGGAGUGGGCCAAGGUCCCUGGAUGUACCGUUCCUCGUGGGAGAAAGAGACUUUGGAUCGCUUGCGGAACAGCGUUUCAACCUUCCCCUACGGCUAGGGCUUGAUCUUCUCUCCUCUCCUCUCUUCUCUUGUUCAGUUUUACGUACGGUUCACACUCGGUUGGUUUGUUUGUUUUGAUUGUUGGGAACCGUAAUUGUAAUAUACAAAAACAUUUGGUAUUGUAAUGAGUAACUUGGGUUGUAUUAUAACCGCUUGGAAAGUGAAACUGUUUUUAACCCUUUUUGUAUUUAGUAUCAACUACAUGAACCAAAAGUAUAAGGGCAUCUAAGUUUAAGAAAACAUUUAACGUUGGAUAUAUAAUAACUUAAAGAAAACAUUCUGUUCUGCAUAACAUUAGUACUGUG